GGUCGGAUUUUGCGCCAAGUUACGACAUUUGAGUGUUCACAAAAAUAAUUAAUUUUGUAUCUUCGCGACAUUUCACUGCAUAAUAAAUUUAAUAAAUCGGUAGAAAUUAACCAGUACUACUGCUUCGUCAGCUAAAUUUGAAAAUUUAUUCACGUGAAGUGUCAAGAACAGCAUUUUAAAACAGAUAGUAUUUCAGUGUAUUGCCUGGUUGCAUGCACCAAGACCAAGUAGCGCGCACACACUCUGCACACACAAGCCAAUAAUUUCUGUGAACUUCAUGUUUGACGUCUGGCUGAAACUAUUGUGGUUUGACUGCUCUGUCCGUCCAUGUUUUUUUGUGCCAAGAUCUGCAUGAUAGAACAAGGUUUCAUGUGGAUAAAAUGACGACAGUGCAGUAUGAUUUGGACACGUCUGGUGGACUUAUGGACCAAAUUCAGGCUCUCAUAGCACCUCCGGAAAGUGACGAACCGCCGAGGAAAACCCGGCGAAUAAGGGAACAUCGUCGGACGGGUCGCGCCAUCAACCAUGAUAAUUGCGAUAGUUGCCGUGAGGGUGGAGAUUUGCUCUGUUGCGACCGUUGUCCGUCCGCCUUUCACCUUCAGUGCUGUAACCCUCCGCUGUGCGACGAAGAUCUACCUCCCGGUGAAUGGUUGUGUCACAAGUGCACGGUAGCCCCUGAGCCUCAAGACGACGAUGCAAGCUCAGUCACGUCGACAAAAUCAGAAAAGGACAAACAAGCUAAGCAGCCAGUGGUAGCCACAUCGGGUAAGAUUCCGUCUGCAGGAGCUAAGGUCCCUGCAGUCGCCAAGGUGGUAGCCCCUGCUGCACCCAGUAAGCCAACGAUGAGGUUGAAUGACCGACUGAUGAGAGAGAACAAGCCCUGUCUGAGGCUGGUACAGCUACAGGCUUAUAGAGAGGCACAGAAGGAAGUCCAACAAGCUAAGACCCAGCCAGGAAGGCCGACCACGCCGGUAAUUGCUGCACUCGUUCCCGACGAGCCCUCCACAAGCUCUGCCCCAACCACCAGGACGCGGCUAGCCCGCCUUGAAGCCAAACGAGACCUCAGAUCCACCCUGGAGAAGCCAGUACAAGAUGCUAGGACGGCUGACCUCAAGGCCAAGCGAGAUAUCAGACUCGUUCUGGAGAAGAUGGGGGAGAAGAUGGGGGAGGUGCCAAUGGCAAACGCCCCGGACAGUCCGAAGCACGUCGGGGAAAUCAAGAAUCCAUUCCAGAUGUUAGUGAAGGCUGCGGAGAUACAGAAUCCUGUACAGUUUGGUCUGCCAGGGAGUUACAUGGUGUUUGCCCCAUUGCCAGGAAGUAGCAGAAAAAGGCGGAAAGAAGAAUUGUCCAAAAACUUCAAGAAGCCCCAUGAGAUAGACAAUGGUAUAGUCCCUUUACCAGCCAAGUUGUGCUUUCAGUGUAACAAGAGCUGCCGCCUAAGUCCCUUGAUACAGUGUGACUACUGCCCUCUAUUGUACCACAAAGACUGUAUCAAUCCUCCAUUGACUGCCAUGCCGACCGGCAGAUGGAUGUGUCCAAACCAUCCUGAACACUCCAUGACUGGUUUUCAAGGAGUCCAUUACACCGAGCGUUGUCGUAUCUUCAAUGAAUUCCACGGCCGGCUAGACCAAAACGCCAUCAAACUCCGCUUCAUGCACAAACUAAGAAGUACGGGCCCGCCCCCGAAGCAUAAAGAGAAGGUGGUCAAGCGGCCGGCGAUGGUGGUGCCCAAGGCCAUCAAGUGUCAGUAUGCCCUCCCUCCACCGUCGUUGCCUCUUCCUAACGAGAAGCCUAGAUUAGUGUGUAUGACACCAGAGGGAUUCAGGUCUAACAGUGUUGUCUGUUCACCGGAGGAACAGGAAGAGUGGUUGAAGUGUGUGACAGCCUUACAAACGAGUAUAACAAGGUACAUGGUCAAGAAGCAACUACCUAAGGAUCCAAUCAGACCAAAGAUCAUCACCACCUCCUCACUGUCCAAACCCACACACUCUUCAGCUGCAAACAGUCCUGCCUCAUUACAUAGUUCGACAACACCUCUGCACUCCUCGAGUAGGACCCCAAUCCCAACACAUAGCACCUCCACGACGUUAGCGGAGAAGAGACUUGAAAGCACGAUUGAUUCGAGUCAAAGCAAAGUAGACCUCAAGCACAGAGAGAUCAAACUGAGCAAUGGACCCGUGCCGCUACAAAACGGUCCAGUGACAAUAAAUAAAACCUUAGGACACAAAAUUGAAGGGACCUUGAAUACCAUCGUAGUGAAAGAGGCUGGUAUGACAAACCACACCUUGUUGAAAACCAAGGCAGGAGAAACGUUACCCCAUAAUAAUUUAGGACUUAAAGUCGUGACGAUAUCGAACAAGAAUGAUUCUAUGGUGAAUAUGGCCAGUCCGGUGAAUGGAUCGAUGGUUGGAAAGUCACUUGUGAACUCAGUUAGCAAAGCCAACCCAGCUGUUAUUCAUAAGAUUAUAUCCACGUCGGCAUCGAGUAAAGGAUUGACGACGGGGCCCAGUUUGCCCAGAGCAACGAGUCAUCAAUCAGUCCACCCUAAUGCAAAAAUGGAAGGGUCUCAGUCACUGGUCAAUAGGUCAGGUGGCAUAGGAGCCACUGCGAAGGUUACUAUAGCAACGACCGGAGGGGUGACUCUAUCGUCGGCCCAGGGGAAAAUAGUCACUGUCUCAAAUGGGGCAGGAGGCAGUAAAUCAAGUAUUGUAGGCAGCUCAGGGAAUGCCACCACAUCAUCCAAAGUGACCACAGCGUCUCUCAGCUCCUCACCAGCAAUUAUUAACCUCAAUAGCACACUGCAGUCCUGUGUAGAGGGAAGUGGAGAUGUGGAGCUUAGUAAGCUAGACGAGAGGCUGGUUCAGAUUCUAGCCUGGCAAAGGCUGCAACAACUUUUACCUCAAAAGCCCCUUCCAACCUCAGCUACGAUCAAGAAGCAACACAUGGUCAACAAUACCACCACACCAACAAGUAGCAAUACACUCAGGCCAUCGCCACCACUGCCAGCGUUUAGUAAUCAGAUCAAAGCGAGGGCGCUGUUCUGUCCCCUGACGGGUCGGGGGUCGGGUUCGCCCGUACCGAUGUGCUACAGGUCGUUACAUAUAGGCACUGGGAGUGACAUGGAUGUGUGUCUGAGUAACUUUGGUCAUUGUAAUUUUGUGUCUCCGAAGCACGCUUGUAUAUUCUAUGACGAGAAUACGCGGCAUUAUGAAUUAAUCAACUACAGUGAGCAUGGUACGACGGCCGACAAUGUACUCUACUCAUGUGACUUUUCUGAUAAGGUUGUCGCCCCGUCCCCCGCUGCCUCCCCCCUCGUUAAAUCCGUCAGGAACAUCGUCCGGAAAGGCAAACGGAAACGAGAACAUUCCAAGAGCCAAGUGAAAGAAGAGGAAGUUACGCAGGAAGACGACCAAUCGGAUGCGGCGAUGAUGAUGAUGAUGAGCGCAUCUGCUAAUAACUUUAAGAAACCGUGUAACUGUAAAGCCAGCAGCUCCAGUUUAAUCGGGGGGAGUGGGGCAGGGUGGGAAGGUACAGCACUCCUGCACCACGGCAGCUAUGUCAAGAUGGGUUGUCUUCAGUUUGUAUUCAGUUUGACGGACCAUGCUACGUUACAAUCCCCACUGGAUAAGAAACCAAUGCUCAAUUUUAAAAUGGGGUCGGCGACGUCAUCGGGAAACUUUGCAUCGUGAGAGAGAAAGUCAAUAAUUUAAAUUAUUUUUUUACGGAGUGGACACAGCACAAUGCCAAAUUUAGAAACCUGGACGAUAUUGUCUACGUGAGAUGGGACGACUGGCACUGAAUCUUGCAGCAUGAUGUACCUGGGAUUGCCAGAGCCAAGUGUUUGUCUGCAGCUGUCAUCUAUGGCAAGACCACGGCCCAAUUUCAUAGAGCUGGUUACGAU